GCAGAAACCCUUCACUUUUCCAUCACCUUUGCUUCAUUUCUGAACGAAUUUUUUCUUCUUUCUCCUUAUUCUCUCUCAAACUCUAAGACAAAAUAUUUCACAUAGAUUGUCUCCCAAGGAUCAAAUCAGCAUGGAUUCUUAAGGGUGAUGCUAAACAAUAGCAAACAGUGAUCGAGAUGGGCAACAUGGACAAAGAGACUCAUCGGGUUUAUGUCAACUCGCUCACCUCUCGUGAAAUGGACUCUCUUGCUGCUAUUUGUGACACCUUUUUGCCCUCCAUCAGUGUCUCCUCUGGCGCCACCAUUGAUGAUGAUGUUGCCACUUUCUUUCAGGCUUCAGCUUCCAUGGCUGGUACCCCAGAACGUGUAGGAGGGCUACUUUGUGAGAGGGUGAAACAUCCAAGAAAAUGGUUAAUGAGAGUGGCACUAUGGUUCCUGUCGACAUCUAUUGGAAGCUUGAUACUUUGUGGAAGAUUCUGCCUUUCAACCAACUUUCCAUUUAUUCAUAGCUUCCCUCAGCUGUCUCAACAUCAAAGGGAAGCUAUCUUGCUUUCAUGGUCUCUCAGUUAUUUCCAUCUCCUCAGAACUUUAUACAAGGCCAUCAAGAUUUUUAUUCUUUUUGUCUUCUUCACUCAGGUAGAUGAGAAGAAUGAGAACUUGUCAUGGAAAGCAAUUGGCUAUAGUGGACCGGACCCUACCUUCAAGAAACAAACUAAGCAAACAAGAAAAUGGAAACAAUCAGAAGGAGAAAGGGAACAAGAAGAAGAAAUCGAAGAAAACGUUGAUGAAGAAGUGCUUUAUGGACCUCUUUAUAAAGGCCUUAUUAGUAUGCAACUUCCAGUUGACAGAGUUGCUAAUAGUUUGAGGGAGUUUGGUUUCGCUGUCUCUAUUGGGGACAAAAAAGUUGAUGCAGCAAGCAGCAUAAGCAAUCCUUCUUUAGUAGUUAAAUGUGAUGCAGUAGUUGUUGGUUCAGGCUCUGGUGGUGGUGUAAUUGCUGGUGUUCUUGCAAAAGCUGGUUACAAAGUGCUUGUUUUAGAGAAAGGAAAUUAUUGUGCUCGAACCAAUCUUUCACUUCUUGAAGGUCCUACAUUGGAUCAAAUGUACUUAAAUGGUGGCUUACUUGUAACUGAAGAUGCAGGAAUGGUACUACUUGCAGGCUCUACUGUUGGUGGAGGAUCUACAGUCAAUUGGUCAGCUUCAAUUCAGACUCCACAACAUGUGGUUAAUGAAUGGAGUGACCAGCUUGAAUUAGAGUUAUUUGAGAGUAAAUUGUACAGGGAUGCAAUUGAUGUAGUGUGUGAGAAAAUGGCAGUUCAGUUGGAAACUGUUGAAGAAGGAUUCAAUAAUGCAGUUUUAAGAAGAGGGUGUGAAGAAUUGGGUUAUCCAGUAGAAAAUGUACCGCGAAAUGCACCACCGGAUCAUUAUUGUGGUUGGUGUUGUUUUGGUUGCAAGGAUGGAAAAAAGAAGGGUACAUCAGAGACAUGGCUUGUGGACUUGGUGAAUUCUGGUAAAAGUGCCAUUCUUCCUGGAUGUGAGGCAAUAAAAGUUCUACACAAGAAAGGACGAAAUCGUGACAGAGCAACUGGAGUGGCUUUUGAAUUUAAAUACAAUGGAGUAAAAGACAUCUGCAUAGUUGAAUCUAAAGUGACUAUUGUGGCAUGUGGUGCCCUGAGUACCCCAGCUCUGUUAAAAAGAAGUGGCUUGAAGAAUGAUAAUAUUGGCAACAACCUGCAUCUUCAUCCUGUGACAAUGGCAUGGGGCUAUUUUCCAGAUACACCUUGUAAUGGAUGGCCAGAGAAGGAGAAGAAGAGUUAUGAAGGAGGAAUAAUAACAACUAUGUCUAGUGUUGUUGCUAAUUUUGACAAGUUAGGAUAUGGAGCACUAAUUCAAACACCUUCAUUACAUCCUGGAAUGUUCUCAAGUCUGUUGCCAUGGACUUCGGGUGAAGACAUGAAAACGCGGAUGUGCAAGUUCUCCAGGACAGCGCAUAUAUUUGCGUUGGCGAGGGAUAAAGGAUCAGGCAUAGUGAAUUCACCAAACUCAAUAAGUUAUCAAAUCGAUGCUGCUGAUGAAGAGAAUCUGCAGAGAGGACUAGAGAAAAUGCUAAGGACAUUGGCUGCAGCUGGAGCAGAAGAAAUUGGGACACAUCAUCCUAAGGGGAGGAAACUAAAUGUGAAGCAAGUGAGUGCAGAUGAGUUUGAAAGGUUUGUGGAAGAAGAGAGUUCUAGGCCAUUGAGGGACUUGUCGACACCCCUAUGUUCAGCUCAUCAAAUGGGGAGUUGCAGGAUGGGAAAUGAUCCAAAAACAUCAGCAGUGAACCAAAUGGGGGAGACAUGGGAAGUAGAAGGACUUUAUGUGGCAGACACAAGUGUGUUUCCAACUGCAUUAGGUGUGAAUCCAAUGAUCACCGUGCAAGCAAUUGCCUACUGCACUGCACAAUCUGUUCUUGACGUUCUUAGGAGGAAAAGAGUAGGUAUUGAUUGACUUGGCUGUGUGGAUUUUAAUUUAAUGUAAAGUUUUUCAACAUCGUCAACUUGGCUUCUGUGUUCUCUCCAAGUUGUAAAACAAGAAUAAAUUCAAUCCAAUCUAAGGGUCCG